UCAGAGAGCGAACACCGAGACGAGGAUUGGUGUUCAAGUCUGUGCCUAUAAAAACUCGCCAUCGACGAUUUUCCGUUUAGUCGAGAAUAUUGAGUAAGCUGGUCUGCUCUGCGUGUUUCUUUUUUCUUCCACGUUCUUAAAUCACAAUAACCAACAACAACAAAACAAAAUUGUAUCCAUCAUCAUGAUUUUUGCAUUGUGGUAUUCGUUAAUCGGCAUGUUAUUCACUAUAACAUUUAUAUCUUAUGUGUUAAUUAUGAUAAAAACAAAGCGAAAAGCCUCUGUCCUUCAAGGAGGACACUUGUCAUCGGAAAAGCGAGUUUGCAAAUUUAAGCAGGCUCCUGGACCAAAACCAUGGCCAAUAAUUGGAAAUUUAGAUAUUCUCGGACAAUUUAAGCAUAAUCCAUUUGAAGGAUUUGGUGAAUUAACAAAAAAAUACGGUGACAUUUACUCAUUGACCCUUGGUCAUACACGAUGCCUGGUUGUUAAUAAUCUGGAACUGAUACGAGAAGUUCUCAAUCAAAAUGGAAAAUUUUUUGGCGGACGACCGGAUUUUCUGCGUUAUCACAAACUCUUUGGCGGCGAUCGAAAUAACUCACUGGCUUUGUGUGACUGGUCACAACUGCAGACAAAGAGACGUAAUUUGGCGAGACGCCAUUGCUCGCCACGUGAAUCCUCAUCGUUUUUCACAAAGAUGUCCCAAAUAGGCUGCAAUGAAAUCGAUAAUUUAAUGCACGAAUUGGGCCGGGCGAUUGUGCCGGGAGAAUCCUUUGAUAUAAAACCUUUAAUUCUGGAAGCGAGUGCAAAUAUGUUUAGCCAGUAUAUGUGCUCCACGCGUUUCGAUUACGACGAUACGGAAUUCAAGCAGAUUGUCAGAUAUUUUGAUGAAAUAUUCUGGGAGAUUAAUCAAGGAUAUCCAUUGGAUUUUCUGCCAUGGCUAUUGCCGUUCUAUAAGAAUCACACCAAAAAAAUUGUGCAUUGGUCAACAACAAUACGAAAGUUCAUUUUGGAUCGGGUCAUCAAUCAGAGAGAAUUGAAUAUCGAUUUAGAUGAACCGGAUAAUGACUUUACGGAUGCAUUACUGAAAAGUCUUAAGGAAGAUAAGAAUGUAUCCCGCAAUACAAUUAUUUUCAUGUUGGAAGACUUUAUCGGUGGACAUUCGGCUGUUGGAAAUCUCGUAAUGUUGGCCUUAUCAUAUAUUGCCAAAAAUCCAACAAUUGGCCAUCGAAUUCAGAAUGAAGUCGAUUUUGUGUCGAAUAAUGGAAAACGGAAAAUUAAUUUGUACGAUAUGGAUGCAAUGCCGUAUACUAUGGCCACAAUAUUCGAAGUAUUGCGCUACUCUUCAUCACCCAUUGUGCCACACGUUGCCACCGAGGACAGUGUAAUUGCUGGAUUCGGUGUUACGAGUGGUACCAUUGUCUUCAUCAAUAAUUAUAUACUAAAUAUGAGUGAGAAAAACUGGACCAGUCCAGAUCAAUUUGAGCCAGAAAGAUUUUUGGAGGAAAAAAUUGACAGUCAGGGUAAAUCGGAAAAGGUUUUUGAAAAGAGACGAAGUUCACAGGGAUCCGAUUCGGGUAUAGAAUUUGAAAAGGAAGCCACGAUCUCGACUACUGCUCAAGAAUCAGUCAAAAUCAACGAAGCGUGCAAUAGACCAAAUGUAUAUCAGCUAAGGAAAAAUAUUCCAUACUUUUUGCCAUUUAGCAUUGGCAAACGUACUUGCAUAGGUCAAAACUUGGUAAGAGGAUUUGGUUUCAUUUUACUAGCAAAUAUCAUACAGUCAUAUAAUAUAAAUAGUGUGGAUCUUUCCACAAUAAAGAUAUAUCCAGCAUGUGUAGCUUUGCCGGCCAAUUGUUAUCCUUUAACAUUGGCACCAAGAGUUUAAAAAGUUCAGAAACUCACAAGAAUUUUUUAACUUUUUAAAAUAUAUAUUUUUAUGAAUAGACUUCACGGACUUUAGUAACUUUAAUAUGUCUCCUCAUAAGAUGGAGAUCAAAUGUAAAAUAUUUUUAACAUUUGAGAAAUGAAUGGCUACUAAAAUUCGAAAAUUUAUUGAAUGUCAAAGUAACUGAAAAUUUCUUUAACAUUUUUAACUUAUUUACAAUCAUUGAUAUAUGAUCUUGAUUUCACCUUUUCAUGAUCACUCUAUCCUUAUUGUUUUAUUCAAAUGAUACCAUUCUAUUAGUAUUGUAGAUAUUAAUCCAUAAAGCAAAAUAUAUUAUCAGAGUCCAGUUCAAAUUAAACUAGAUUACAUGUAUGUAUGUAUACCUAAGCUAACAAAACUAAAUACGUAAAUAUUUUUUGUUAAAGACUGAAAAAGUUUACUUUAUUAUUUAUUGAAAUGGCUAAUAAAAUGUCUUAUUACUUUAAUAUAUACAUAUAUAUGUAUAUACAUAUAUUAUUUUAAAAUUGAUUGGUUUUACACGUAGACUCCUGUGUGUUGGUCUCUAUAAUAAUGAAUUUUGGUUAAACGGCCAAUAUACAUAUACUCCCCUCUUAAGGUCUGAUUAUAAAACUUAUUUAUUGUUUUAAACAAUCAAAUGGUGUAGUCAAAUAAUAUAAAAUUACCAAAAUAUUAAUAGUUUUACCAAAAUGUCGAAGCACAGUCCUCAAAUUAUAAAUAUUUAAAUUAUAAAAAUAUAUAACUUGGUGUAUUUACAACGUUGUAAAAUCCAUAUAAAUAAUUCAAUAAAAAAUACAAAAAAUUUAUAUUUAUGAUUA